UUGCGCCUCUGCAGCGUGGGAAGUGUUGUGCAGCUCGCGAUGACAACUCCAAAGAAGGUCUGCGUCGUUGGAUCCGGAAACUGGGGUUCUGCCAUUGCUAGGAUAGUUGGGUUAAACGUGGAGCGAAACUCAAAGUUUCACCCUACCGUAGCCAUGUGGGUCUUCGAGGAGCUGGUCAACGGGCGUAAACUUACAGAAAUCAUUAACGCAGAGCACGAAAACAUCAAAUACCUGCCUGGACACAAACUCCCCGACAAUGUGGUAGCGGUGGCAGACCUCAGUGAAGCCGUGAGCCAUGCUGAUGUUCUACUCUUUGUGAUUCCCCAUCAGUUUAUCCACAAAGUCUGUGACACCAUGCAGGGAAAGAUUAAACCAGAUGCUUUUGGAAUGUCAUUUAUCAAGGGUGUGGAUGAGAGUCCCAGUGGUCUGAAGCUGAUCUCUGCAGUGAUUAGGGACAAGCUGGGCAUUAGCGUUAGUGUGCUAAUGGGAGCGAACAUCGCUAACGAGGUGGCUGAAGGAAAGUUCUGUGAGACCACCAUUGGCUGUAAAGAUAAGGAUCAAGGAACCUUAUUAAAGGAGCUGAUGCAGACAGAUCACUUCCGGGUUACUGUGGUUGAGGAAGCAGAAGUGGUUGAAAUCUGUGGUGCCCUAAAGAACAUCGUGGCUGUGGGUGCAGGGUUCUGUGAUGGCUUGGGUUUCGGUGACAACACCAAGGCGGCGGUGAUCAGACUCGGCCUGAUGGAGAUGGUAGCUUUCACUCGCCUCUUCUGCAGCGCACACUCUGUGUCCCCAGCGACCUUCCUGGAAAGCUGCGGCAUUGCUGACCUCAUCACCACCUGCUAUGGAGGACGCAACCGGCGUGUAGCUGAUGCCUUCGCCAGGACCGGCCGAUCACUAGAGGAACUGGAAAAGGAGAUGAUGAAUGGACAGAAACUGCAGGGUCCAGCCACAGCGGCUGAAGUCCACGUCCUCCUGGAACAGAAAGCUCUGCUGGACCAGUUUCCCCUGUUCAACGCUGUGUACGAGAUCUGCUUUGAGGGUCGCCCUGUAACAGACUUCAUCAGCUGUGUACAGAAUCACCCGGCACAUCUGUGAGUGACCAUGAGUUGACUACUGAGUGUGCUGAAGAACUGGGCUUCCUUUAGCGAACAAUAGCUUUAAUAUUUCCAGUAGCUUACUGUGUGUGUGUGUGUGUGUGUGUACACUGUACCACUGGGCUGUAAACCUGUUUGUGUAAGCCUUUUAGAUGGAAAUAGUGUUACAGGGACUGUGUGAAUGUGUCAAUAAAUUUUACAAUUAAAAACAGAAGUGUGUAGUACA